AUGGCGACGAAUUUCGUGAAGGGUGGUAUCGCAGGCUUAAGAACGAGCUCGAUUUUCGUUUUUGCAUGCCUUGUAGCAGCGCUCGUGCCGGCAUGUUCGUCGAUCGGACCCAACCCUAGCAUCUCGUCUCUUUCCGCCUCUCGCGGCAUCGCCUCGCCGUCGCAUGCGGCGCCCAAGGCGGGUCCGCAGAUCAGCAGCCUGCUGCUGCUACUGCCGCCUCGCGCGCGCAAUCCCGUCAGAUUCCAUCUCCUCGGAUCCAACGGCUGCUUCUCCUGGGCAUGGGACCAUCAUGACCUGCUGCACGUGCAGCCUCUUUUCAACACCACCGAUGACGCUGUCGCAGCAGAAGCAGCAGGAGCGGCACGAGGGCAAGCGUGGGGGUCCCAUGGCAGCAGCAGCAGCAGCAGCGGCGGCAGCAGCGGCGGCAGUGGCGCACGCGGGGGGUGUUCAACGAGCGCGCUGAUCUCGUCCAUCGCGCCGUACUCGGGCGCGCCGCGCACCACAGCCGUCAUUGCCACGGACCUGCUCUCCGGCGCCGUGCUGCGCUGCGAGGUGCGCGUGGACGUGGUGCAGCGCGUGGCCAUAUUCCACCGCAGCCUCAAGAUGGGCCUCUCCAGCCUCGCGGACCUCGAGGUGCUCGCCUUCAACGACCACGGCGACGUGUUCUCAUCCGUGGCAGGGCUCGCCUUCCUCUGGACCCUCACGCCCCUCGGCUCGCCCUUGCCCGCCCACCGCCAACCUGCGGCCUCCACGGCGCCACGUGGCGAGCAGGCAUUGGAGCACCGCCUGCAGCACGUGCCGCUGGAGGAGGCGGCGCUGCUGCUGGCGGGCGGCGAGGAGGGGCGCGGCGCUGCUAGGGACGACCUGGGGGUGGGUGGUGUGGGUGCUGGGCUGGGGGGCCGAGGAGUGGAGCGGUCAGACGUGUAUGUGGUGAGGGGCGUGGCACCGGGGCAGGAGAGGGUCGCCGUACAGCUCAUGGACGCUGACGUCACCGCCGCCGCUGCUGAUACAGCAGGAGCAGUAGCAGGGGGUGCGGCAGCACUGCCAUCGGACGCCAUAACGCUGACGGUGGCGCAGGCCUUCUCCCUGCAGCCGCCCUCCCCCGUGCUGCUGCUGCCCGGCGCCCGCCUGCCCUUCCGCCUCCUCACCUUCACCCACAAUGCUCUGCAGCGUACGCCACCCACACCCCCUUCUCCUCGCCCUCCUUCGACCUGUCCCUCACCCACCCCCCCUCCCCCGACCCCCUCCCUCCUCCCCUACCCGCACCUCCCUCCUCGCUCACCCUCCUCUCCCUUGUCGCUCACCCUCCUCUCCCUUGUCGCCCACCCUCCUCUCCCUUGUCGCCCAUCCUCCUCUCCCUUGUCGCCCACCCUCCUCUCCCUUGUCACCCACCCUCCUCUCCCUUGUCGCCCACCCUCCUCUCCCGCACCGAGCAUGCUGUUUUUUCCAGCUGCCGCUUCCCUUUCGCUUCACUACGCGUGGGCAACAGGCAACACCUCAGUGGCAUCAGUGCAUCCUGCACAGGGCGUGCUGACCGCGCUCGCCCAGGGCGCCACCACGCUCACCGCCACUGAUGUGCGCUUGGUGGACCACCACCAGGCCGCCUCCAUCCACGUCGUGCUACCUGGCGACGUCAAGAUCUUCCUCGCGCCACUGGCGUUGCACCCAGGGGACGGUGUGGGCGGGGGCGGCGGCGAGGGGGAGGUGUGUUCUGGUGCAGGUGCAGCUGGGGCAGGGGGUCUGCCUGGGGCUGUGGCGUGCAGGGCUGUAGCGGAGCCUGUGGCCAGUGGGGGGGACACGUGGCACCUUGUGGUUGGGCGGGAGUAUGCCCUGUGGGUGCAGGUGUUUGCACACGGGUGGCCCAGCCGGCCUGUGCUGCUCACAGAGGCCGACACGCUGCUGCUGCGCUUUGACCACCCACCGCUCUGGACGGUCGUGAACGAUGCUGCGCCUGCCUCUCUGCCUGCACAGGCGCCUGGUGGCAUGGAGGGGGGAGGUGGUGGUGGGGAGGAGAGGAGCCGUGUGGUUGUGGUGCGCGGAGGGCAGCAGGGGCAGGGCGAGGUGCAGGCUGAACUGCAGUACCGAGAGGUGAAGAGCGGUGGGAAGGGGCGGGAGGAGAAGGUGGUGGCGGCGCAGGGGAUUCGUGUGUGCGACCCCGUGCUGGUGCACCUGCCCUCUCCCACAGCCACUGCCUCUGCUCCUUCUUCUGCUUCGUCAUCUUCCCCCCCUGUUCAAGUGGUGCACCUGCCGUGGGUGCCGCAGCUUCACUCUGCGCCGCCACCCCAACGGCAGCACCUGCUGCUGCUGGCGUCGGGAGGUGAGUCCAGGCACACGGGCUUGCCAUCUCACACCGUUUCUGCUUCUGAUUCCAUUCCAUCUCAUUCCGUCGCCCUCAAAUCCGUGUACCCGGCACCACCACCAGGGUGUGGCGAGCGUGCUUCUGACUAUGUGUGGACCAGCACUGACUCCACCAUCGUCCACGUGGCGCCCUCUGGUUGGCUGACGGUGGCCGGGCCGGGUGUUACGAUGGUGCGAGUGGCAGCAGCAGUGGACGGCAACAACUUUCACCAGGUGCGCGUGGUGUUCUCUGAGCUCAGAGGGGGAACAGAGGAAAGGGGAAGGGGGAAGGGGGAUGAGAAAGCGGAGUGGAUGAAUCAGGGAGCUCACCCAUCCCCACCCAUGCACGUCCGUACCACUCUUGCCACUGCCGCCAUGGCACGGAAGCAGGUGGAGGUGCGGGUGAGUGAGCCACACACGAUGCAGGCGGUGGGCGAGGAGGAGGGCAGCACCUUGCAGCUGAGCGUGGGUGUGGAGGCGCUUGUGGGCCACUCCCUGCUGCUCGCUGCCCGCCUCCUCUCCUCCUCAGGAGAACCAUACACCAACUGCACCGCUCUGAACCCAUUCGUGCAGUGGCAUCUGCAGGCACUGCUGCCUGCCACCCCUCCGUCUUUCACCCUCACUUCUCCACCCCCAAUCGCCUUCAUGCCACCAUCCGCUCUCUCGCCCAUCUGUGUGUGGACCUCUCUGUCCGCCAUAGCACCUGGUCGCACACAAGCGAUAGCUCUCCUGCCACUGCCGCCACACACAAAACCUGCUGAUGCUGACGCUGGCAGUGUGGAAGAGAGGGCAGGGGGGGGCUCAGAGGGCGCGGGGCAGGGAGUGCAAGGGGAGUGGGCGGUGGCGGGGUAUGAGGCGAUGCAUGUGGUGCAGGCGGGGGACGGGUGGCGCCAGGGCGGCUAUGGGCUACCAUCAGCAGCAUCACCUGCUGUGCCUGGAAGGCAAGGAGACUUGUCUGCAGUAGCGGCAGCAGGUGCGGAGGCCCUAGCAGCAUCAGCGCCAGCCGCAGCAGCAGCGGUGGGCAUUGGAGCAGGGCUGUCAGUGCCGGCUCUCCUGCUGGCGCCAGGGGCGUCCAUGGCCCUCACCCUCUCAGGCGGCCCUGACAGAUCGCCUCCUUCCCAACCACCUGUAAUCUCCUCAAUCGCUCAAUCGCCUGUCCCUCUCCUCCCUUCUCUCUCCCCUUCCCCCACCUUCCCUGCUCCCUCAAACCCACUCCAGCGGGUGACCUUUACAAGAGGCCACCAGCCGUCCUCGCACGCCUCGCCGGCCACCCUCCCCUCGGCGUCCAUGGUGCUGCACUGCGCGCUGCCUGCUGCUGCCGCCAUCCUGCUCGACGACUCCGCUCGACUCCCUGCAGCCAUAGCAGCAUCAGCAGCCUCAUGCCAUCCACCAACGGGAGAAUGCCACGUGGCACCAAUCACCCUUGUGACACAUCAGCACGUGCGGCUGGUUGCUGCAGCCCUUUCCUCGUCCAUUGCACCCUUUGCCAACGCGUCCAGCCAAUGGCUGCACACCACGUGGCAGCUGGAGGGGUGUGAUGACAUGGCAUGGUGGGGUGCAGACGAGCCCGACAGUGGGGGGGGUUCAGGGGAGGAGUGGAGCAAAUGGGUGCACACAGGCGACAAGGGAGGCGAGUGUCGGGUGCAUGUGGAUGUGACGGCACCACACGCCAAGGGGGGCUGGCUGCACAUGAAGCGAGAGGGGCAGGGCGCCCACCGGGACGCCUUCCAUCUGCGCGCCUCUGCCCUCCUGCAGGUGCCCUCCCCUGCCCUCUCUGCUGCUCGCUUCGCAUCUUCUCUCUUCUGCCCGUGCUUUUGUUUUCGCCUAAUUGCUACCGCUGCCUGCUGCUCCCACUCUCGUGGUGUUGGCUCGGUCGCUCAUGCGUGUAGUCUCCGAAUGCUCGCACCGCUGACUCUACCCCUCUCUCAUUCCCCUGCAAUGCCCGUGCGUGUGUGCAUGCAGGUGGUGAAGGCGCUCAGGUUGGAACCGCAGGCCGUGCUGCUCGUCAACCAUCCCCACGCCCAUCAGUGCUGGUUUGCUCGUGCAUGCAUUCCCCCUCACACCUCUCAAAGCAUCGUCUAUUCCAACGCCUAUUCAUGGCAUCCUAUUGCUUCUUCCUCUCACGUCCCCCAGGCGGAUGUGACAGUAACAGGGGGCACCUCCGAGCUCCAGUUUUUCAUCUCUGACCAAUCAGUGGCUGCCAUUCUGCCACGUGGCACUGCAGCAGCAGUCCAGCUGGCAGCGCGUGCACGAGGCGAUGCCACAUUGACAGCAGUGGACGCUGGGCUCUCCCAUCCGCUCUCUGCCAACGCCUCGCCCUGUCUUGCCUCCUACACCUUCUCCCUGCCUGCCCACACCCUCGUAUCUCACCCUCCCUUCCCCUCCUCUCUGCCCCCACAUCACCACCGCAUGCCCCCAUCCGCCAAUCAGGUGUCAGUGGCUGACGUGGCAUGGGUGCGCCUGCACCCCGAGGGCGCACAGCCGUCCACGUCAGCAGUGGCGGGCGAGUGGUGGGUGCAGGUGGGCGCCACGGCGCGCAUCACAGUGACUGUGGGGGACGACCGCGGCCACCUCUUCCCCGCCUCACAGUUCGAGUGGAUGGGUUUGGAGGCGCAUGGCAUGGCAGGUGUGGUCGCUCUGCACUUGCCCUGCUCGCGCUCCUCCUCUGAUGGGGAUGACGUGGCAUGUUCUGACUCGCUGGAGCUCACAGGGACGGCUGUGGGAGUCACCACUGCCUUCCAGGUCCUCGCUUCCCCUGUCCCCUUCUUCAAGCCCUGUUUCCACUCUGCUAUUUCCAUUGUCCCUUCCUCCCCCCCCACCCCCCGCGCUUCUUUUCUGUCCACACACCCCGUGAGUGCGGGCAUCCACCUGUCAACAAGGAGGGUGUUUUCAGACGCCGUGCGCGUCACGGUGUACGCGCCGCUCGCCCUGCACCCGCCCUCGCUCACCCUCGCCCCGGGAGCAUCAUACAUGCUGCAAGCCACAGGAGGUCCCUCCUCCCCAAUCACGACCAUCGCAUUCGCCUCCUCCAAUCCUGACGUGGCACACAUCGAUUCGUCGUCCGGCCUCGUCACGUCUCGAGCGCCUGGCACAGUUGUCAUCCGAGCCAUGGCGCUAGGCUCGGCAGGGCAGGUGUUGAGCGUUGCCGAGUCUCGGGUGGAGGUUCGGGUGAUGGAGGUGGUGGGUCUGAGUGUGGGCAACGGGCAGCUGGCAGUGGGGGAGGAGAUGGCUGUGUUCCCCACCGGGGGGCAUCAGCAUCUUUCUCCUCUUCUUUUCCCCCCUCGCUCCCGCCUUUUCUCCCUACAAUCAGGGAGAGGAUCUGCUCUCGUUCGCACGGGUGUGCCACGGCUACCAGUGGAGUGUCAGCCACAACCAGGUAAGCCCACCACGCCAUGUCACGCGGAUCGCCUGUGGGCUGCCAUCCCUUGCGCCCACCUCACCUAUCCCUUGCACCCACAUUGCCUGUGCCUUAUUUCUCAACUGCGCCCACCUCGCCUAUCCCUUGCACCCACAUUGCCUGUGCCUUAUCUCUCAACUGCCACGCUGCUGCAGCUACAAACGGCGCCAUCCCUUGACGCACAGGUGCCUGGCAGCACCUCAGGGGUGGCAAGCAGCAGCAACCGUGGGAGUGACAGUGCCAGCGACAGUGGCAGUGCAGCGGUGGACAUCGGCUUCUCAGCGCGCAUCACUGCCAGGGCGCCCGGCACAGCCACAGUGGCGCUCACCUUCACCUGCUCCUUCCCCACCUCCUCCAAGCCCUCCGCGGCUCCUCUCCGCCGCUCCUACUCCGCUUCUGCCUCCAUCUCCAUCGUCCCCACGCCCCCUCUCGCGCUUGGCAUCCCUGCCACGUGGCUGCUGCCCAUUGGCUACACCUCCUCCCCUCUGCUCCCGCCCUCUCUCGCUUCCACCACCUCGGGAGGUGCGGCGAAUGCUGCAGCUGCACGCUACUCCUACUCCCUGUUACACGACCAGUCACCCCUAGGCAGCGGACAUGUGUCGCUGGCAGAAGGCGGGCGAAUAGCAACGGGCGAGCGGGCAGCGCUGGGGUGCAUUGCAGUGGCCGACUCUGCCAGCGGCCGCCACGACAUCGCUGCCUGUGUGCGCAGCGCCCAGGUGGGGUUUCUGCUGCGCUCAGGUGGAAUGGAGGCCUGGCCUGGCAUUGGUGUCACCAUUCCUGUAGCGCGUGCUCACUGUAUGAAGUUCUCUUCGCAGCUGUGUGUGUCACUCUGCUGUGGGAAAGUGACAGCAGUUGUGAGUCACCAUUACUGCCUCCCUGCUCUCCCUCGCCUUCCACUCACAUUUUCGACUCCCAUCUCCUGCUUCUCCACCCUCUCUUUUUCGUCCCUCCGCACCAUUCACCCCCUACCUCCCCUCCCCCGCGCCACCUCCAACCCCUGUGCCCCAUGGCAGGCAGCGCAGCUGACGGUGGGGGACAACGACUUCCCCUUCCAUGCGGCUGAGCUCUCCACCAAGGCGCGCCUGUGGGCCAAGGCGCGCCUGUGGGCCAAGGCGCGCCUGCGGACCAAGGUGCGCCUGCGGACCAAGGCGCGCCUGUGGACCAAGGCGCGCCUGCGGACCAAGGCGCGCCUGCGGACCAAGGCGCGCCUGCGGACCAAGGCGCGCCUGCGGACCAAGGCGCGCCUGCGGACCAAGGCGCGCCUGCGGACCAAGGCGCGCCUGCGGACCAAGGCGCCUCUGCGGACCAAGGCGCGCCUGCGGACCAAGGCGCGCCUGCGGACCAAGGCGCGCGUAUGGACCAAGGCGCGCCUGUGGACCAAGACGCGCGUGUGGACCAAGGCACUGCCAGUUGGCACUGCCAGACCUCACCCUCCAACAGCCAAAGAGUGCGCUCACCGGUUGGAGGCGAGCUCAACCGGGCGGCGAAGAUGGUGA